AUGGCGUCGCCGCCAAAGGGGUUUAAGAAUGCAGAGGCGGUGUUGAAUCGGACUUCGCACCACCGUGCUUUGGAUGUAGGUAGUUUGACGGGUCGGUUGGUGGCUAUGGAGAACCCGCAGAGUCUAGGCAGUUUGCACCGCGUGCAGUGUCAAGGAGCUUUGCUAUUUCAGCAGCAGCGGCGGUUAAAUGACAUCCACUUAAGUAACUACUUGAAGUUGGUAAUUGAGGGCGCAAGUGCUGACCCGACACUAUUGCGGAAUGAGACAUCGAUCGUGUACCGGAACAUCGCGACUCUGGCGUACCACAUUUUGUGCAAACUGUCGGCUUUAAACGAGCGCGUGGUCGCCCUGAACAGUUUCCAGCGAGAACUGGCCGAGAAGGAAGAAAGUGUCCACCAACUCGCUGCCCAACUUGAGGCGGCUCAAUUACGGCACCGAGUGCUACACGAAAGUGACCGCAUGGCACAAGAGAUACAAGGGAUGCCUACGGUCCAAGCUACGGAAGCCAGCAUGGACGUGACUACGAGUAUUUUGCGGAAAGAGGAGGAGAAACAUAAAUUCGUCGAGGCGGCAUCUGAGAACGUUAGUACCACAACCAAGGCCUUCCUCGACCACUUACAAGGCACCAUCGUCUCCCUCGAGGCGAUGGUGGAAGAAAUCAAGCAGGUGGCCAAUGCACAGACAUUGGAUACACCCAUGAUGGAGGCUGAUGGCUUCCCUCCCGCGGGUCUGAUAACUUAG